CACGAAGUCAUGACUGUCCGUCUGUCCCGCAUAAAGAUCGACUUCAGUUCCCCGCGCGGCAAAUCCCUUCCUGACUCAACAACCCUUUGAAACAAUGAUGAUCCCAUCGAAUAUCACCUGGUUUGACGACAACUACAUCGGCUCGGAAUUCCUUUUCCCCCGACGGGUCUACUUGGAAAGUCCAGAGAAAGAUCCAGGAGAGCUAAAAUAUAUAUGGCAAGUGGGAGCACCAGGACAAAUUUGCGGACUCACAGGCACGGGCUGCAUUUAUAUGUUCCAGAAUUCCUUGGUGGGGAACCGCCACCAAAAAGCCCUCGAUCAGGGCCCAACAAGCCACGCCCGAGGCUCCCCUGAGAGGCAGGUGAGAAGUGGAUCAAUGGGUUCUAGGAGGCUUUAUUUACUACAUCAUCAUGGAGGGCUCCUGGGGGCAGAUGUAUCUUCGGUUUAUCAUCACCUGGACCGAGAAGAGCGUGACGAGCUCAGGGCGGCCUUGAGAAAGGCGUGGCUGGAAUGUAUGUCUUUCGGUGUGAUCAUCUUCCAGACUGGAGCGGACAAUCUCUUGUGGGAUAAGCCGAAUCAAAGAUGCUACAUAGUCAAUUUUGAAAUCUAUGGCGCACCGGAGGGAAGGGAUAAGUAUGGGCGAGAUACCAACUACAUCCAAUGGAACCUGGCGCGGGUUGGGGAGGGCCGAGAAUACGACGAUACGUCGUCGUGGAUACUGUAGUUUGCGGUGGGAAGAUCACCCCUCGUCUGUUGUGUAUCGUGCUUUGGAUCAUACAUCAAUCCAUUCCAAACCAUUCAUGUUUCC